AAGGAUUGGGCUAAGCCGGCGGUUCCUUCCGGUCUGCAAGCUGGUUUCCUUUGUGGGUCCCGUACCGGUUUAGGGCGGGCGGUCCAGAGCUCGGCGACUCCAACCGGCUACUGAGCGAAAGGAUCCCGGCCGCGGUGUGCGUGUGUCAGGGGGUCAGGAAGGACUCUGUGGCUGGAGAAAGGCAGCAGUGUAGAGCUCGGGGGGGAAAAUCCUUCCCCGGGCAUGGAUGGACCGGCCUGACCCCCUUCCGUUCCCCAGGCUCGGGAAACCGAGGCGAGACUAGUGGCGCCGUCCAGUACUUGGUUCCGUAUUUUGAUGCCUUGCCCCACCGCUUCUUUUCCUGCCAUCCUCUCGGUGUGACUGAAAGUAAUGGCUCUCUCUUGUGACACUAUCCUUUAGUGGAUCCUUCCUGGGAGUCUGCAGAGGCCCAACCUGCGAACAUUAGAGAGCUGUUUCCCCACCAGAGAAGUAGAUGAUUGGAUCCCUCAGCCAAAAGGAUGUUAGCUCCUAGAUAAAGGAUCCUCAGCAGUAAGUGGAGCUCUUAACAUGAAGUCAAAAGAAGAGUCCCCUGGGGUGUAGGAAUUCCUCCCAGGAAGAACCUCCAACUUCAGCUUGACACCAGAGCUUCAGGAGAGAGUCUGCACAGUCGAUGCUGAAACUGAUGGAGCUGGAAAUGUUCCUGAUGAUCCUGUAAGAUAAAGGUCAGGAUUUGGGUGAAGGCACAAGGUGACCUUUGAACAUGGAACAGUGGAUGACCAUGGAGCAUCUGACUCAGAUACUUAAGGGAAAAGCUCCUUCUUCUCAGGAACCUGGCCUUUCUCAAGUGGGGAACCCAGAAGAGGAGCAAAUGACAAUUCUUUUUCUCAGAACCAGGUCCCAGGAAUCAGUGGCCUUCAAGGAUGUAGCUGUGGACUUCACCCAGGAGGAAUGGGGGCAAUUGGAUCCUGCACAGAGGGACUUGUACAGGGAUGUGAUGCUGGAGAACUAUGGGAACCUGGUCUCACUGGGAUUUCCAGUUUCUAAGCCAUAUGUGAUCUCCCAGCUGGAGCAAGGGGAAGAACCCUGGGUGGUGGAAAGAGAAGUCUCAAGAGGCAUUUGCCUAGACUUGGAGGCGAGGGCUGAAAUCAAGGAAACUGCAAAGCAGGACAUUUCUAAAGAGGAAUCAUCUCAAGAAGUUAUCAUACAAAGAUUCACAAAGGAUAGUCUUCGGAAUCCUCAGUCAGGUGAUACCUGGCAACAUGAAGUGUGGUUACAGGGGCAGCAGAGAAGCCAGGAAACAUAUUUAAGGGAAAUGGCAAUCAACCACAAGCAAUCACCAAUCUGGGAAAAAGACCAUGGAUGUAAUGACCUUAAAAAAAGUUUCAGUUUAAGUUCCAUCCUUGUGGCACAACAGAAAGUUCCUACAGGAGAAAAACCCUAUAAAUAUGAUGCAAAUGGAAAUAACUUCAGACAAAAUCCACUAAUAAUUGGACAUCAGAAAAUUGAUUUGCGUAACAAACCUUGUAAAUGUAAUGAAUGUGGAAAAGCCUUCCGUUAUCACUCAGAACUUACUCGACAUAGGAGAACUCAUACUGGAGAGAAGCCCUAUGAAUGUAAUGAGUGUGGGAGAGGCUUCAGUCAGAGCUCAUCUCUUACUCUACAUCUGAGAUUUCACACUGGAGAGAAACCCCAUAAAUGUAAUGAAUGUGGGAAAGCAUUCAGGCAUACCUCAUCCCUUGUCAAACAUCAAAGAAGUCAUACGGGAGAGAAACCUUAUGAAUGCAGUGAAUGUGGGAAGGCCUUCAGCCGGAGUACACACCUUACUGAACAUCAGAGAAUCCAUACGGGGGAAAAACCUUAUAAGUGUAAUGAAUGUGGAAAAACCUUCAGCCGUAGUACACACCUCACUGAACACCAGACAAUUCAUACUAGAGAGAAGCCCUAUAAAUGCAAUGAAUGUGGGCAGGCCUUCAGUCAUACCUCCUCCCUUGUUAAACAUCAGAGAAUUCAUACUGGUGAAAAACCCUAUGAAUGUAACGAAUGUGGGAAAGCCUUUAGUCGAAGAACACAUCUUACUCAACACCAAACAAUUCAUACCGGGGAGAAACCCUAUGAAUGCAAUGAAUGUGGAAAAGCCUUCAGUCACAUACUGUUCCUUACAAAACAUCGGAAAAUUCAUACUGAAGAGAAGCCCUAUGAAUGUGAUGAGUGUGGGAAAGCCUUCAGUCAUACAUCAUCACUUAUUAAGCAUCAGAGAACUCAUACUGGAGAGAAACCCUAUAAAUGUAAUGAGUGUGGGAAAGCCUUCAGCCACACUUCAUCCCUCAAUAAACAUCAGAGAACUCAUACUGGAGAAAAACCCUAUGAAUGUAAUGAGUGUGGGAAAGCCUUCAGCCAGAGCUCAUCUCUUGCACUACACCAGAGUUGUCAUACUGGAGAGAGACCUUAUUCAUGCAGUGAAUGUGGGAAAGCCUUCAGUCAUACCGCAUCCCUUAUUAAGCAUCAGAGAACUCAUACUGGAGAAAAACCCUAUGAAUGUAAUCAGUGUGGGAAAGCCUUCAGCCAGAGCUCAUCCCUUAUUAAACACCAGAGGACUCAUACUGGGGAGAAACCAUAUGGAUGUAAUGAAUGUGGAAAGGCCUUCAGCCAGAGCUCAUCCCUUUUUAAACAUCAAAGGACUCAUAGAAUCAUAAAAUACUAGUGUUGAAAGGAGCCAACUCCCUUCUUCAAGGUCACCCAGCUGGUAAAUGGUAGAGCUAGGACUAAAAGCUAGGUUUCAUCACUCCCAGUCCUUUGUUCUUUCUAUUAUCCUACACUGCCUCUACCUUAUACUAUAUAGAAAUGUCAUGAGUUAAAAUAUAUGGUAGAAACAACUCAUGUUUAUAUAGCAUUUAAAUUUUGCUGAUUAUUUUCUUAAUAACAACUCUAUGAGGUAGCUAGUAAAGUAUUAUCCCCAUUUUAAUGAUGAAGAAACUAAGGCUCAGAGAGAUAAGUAAUUUAUCCAGGGUCACACAGCUAGUAUUAGAACCAGAACUUGAGUCCCAGUCCCCUCCAUCCAAGUCCAGUGAAGUUUCCUGUGCUUCUUAAAUAUAUGAGUUCCAUGUAUGAAAAUCUUCACUGUCAUGGUCCCUUGUCACAGUUGCCCUAAAGGAAAGGGAUUGGAUCAGAAGAUACUGCCAAGAAUGCAGAAUUUGCUGACUUUGUGACCAGACUUAUCAGCCAGAUCCCUUUGAUGUUCUGUGUCCAAGACUUUUGGCAGCUUAACAGUGAGGUUGGCACAUAAAACCUGCCAGAGGAGCAGUCCAUAUGAGGGAAGCCCACAGACAGAACAACAUCUGAGAACACCCCUUUUGCAUUUUUUGUGCUUGAACAAUAUCCCAUCCAUCUGCCUUCUAUUCUUUUCCUCCUAGCACUGGCAGCACAUGAUAUAAUUAGGACCAACCUCUAGACACCACAGAGAAAGUCUUACUUUUCCUUUCUUUUGUGUGCUGGCCACAGGCAUUGUCAUCAAGGAGAGAGGACCCCCUCCAAUGCCCUUGAGCACAGCUGCUGCUUUUCUACUUUCACAGACUAACCUUGCUCCCUUCCUCACUAUGCCAACAUUAAGCCACUUUUCAGUCCUUACCUGCAUAUUGAGGACUUCAUAAGGGGAACAUUAUUAAUACAGCCUUGAAUAUAAUUUACUCAUAUAUCAGAGACAUCCCAUUGAGAGUAGACAUGAAAAUGAGAAAAACAUCCUUUGCACUUAGUCAUAAUUAUUCCUCUGCUCAAAAACCUUCAGUGGUUCCCCUUUGCCUUCAAGGUAAAUUUUUAAAUUCAUUAAUUUGGUAAUCCUAGAGGUUGCCAUAAUCUUGCCAUACUUUAUUGCUGACUUUAGCCCAAUUGGUUUGCUCAUAUCAGCUGACCCAACUUUCACAUGACUGCCUCAUCUUUUACUCAUAGACUUCUGAGCUGUGGAAUGUUCUCCCCAUUCAUUCUCUGCCCAUCCUCCAGAAACCAGUUCAGGUUCCACCUCUCUAAAAGACUUUCCUGACCUCCUCCCUCUCCCACAGAUUGAGUGACUUCCCCUAUUCUGAACUAAAGAAAUUGUAUGAUUCGUUUGGUAAUUAUGUACUUUCUUGUGAUGUCUUAUUGUUGACUUGAACUGUUAUUUAAAUACUUAAAUGUUAUUUAAUUUUUCACACAUGAAGCUCCUUGAGAGUUGGGACUGUCUAAUAUGUCUUUGUAGUCCACAUAGCACUUAGCACAGUGCCUUGCACAUAAUAGGUGCUCAAUACAACUUUAUUGAUUUGGCAUCUGAACUUUAUGAAAAUAAAAUAACUUGUUUUGCAUCCA